AUGUCCAACAAUCAACAAAUCCUCCGCUCCGAGGUCGUUCUGGAGAAGUAUGGCAAGGCCCUUGCUGGAAAAACAGUGCUCAUCACCGGUGUUUCCGACGACUCCAUCGCAGGCGAACUUGCACUUCAGCUUUCCGCCGCUGAUCCAAAGCUACUCAUCCUAACUGCCCGUGCAGCAUCGAAGGUCCAAGGAAUCCAAGAAAAGAUCAAGUCAGCCAAUCCAAAUGUGGAAACCCGCUUUCUUAACAUGGACUUGAGUGACCUGAACGCCGUUCGAACUGCCAUCGAAGAGCUGGCAGACGUGUCUCACAUCGACCACCUCGUCACCGUAGCCGGCGUAAUGUUCCCACCCUACAGCAAGACGAAAGAUGGAUUUGAAAGCCAACUCGGAGUCAACUAUCUAGCAAACUUCUUGCUGGUGAAGUUGCUCUUACCGAAGGUCCGCGCCGCGGGACCGAAUUCAUCUGUUGUUAUCAUGGCAUCGUCCAUGGCCAGACAGGGGAAGAUACAUUUCGACGACUACAAUUUCAGCGAUGGUCAAACCUAUGAUCCGAUGGUUGCAUAUGGACAGUCGAACGCUGCGAGAGUCAUGUUUGCAAAGAAACUGGGCGAGAAGUUGGAGAGCGAGAAGAUCCGUGUUUUCAGUGUUGAUCCCGGCGCGGUUCAAACCGGUCUGCAACGACACUGUCCUCCGGGAUUCCUUGACCAGGUCGAGGAAUGGACGAAGGCUGGUUUGUUCGACCUGGAUGGGAAUCAAAUGGAUAUUCCUCCGUGGACCACUACCUCGGAGGGAGCUGCUACUGUCAUCACGGGAAUGAUUGACCCUACCAUCUCUGAGUACAAUGGCUCCUUCCUCAACAAGAAUGCAGUCUCCGACCACGAACUGCACACCCACCUCAAGGACGAAGGAAACUGGACUAAACUCUGGGACCUGAGCGAGGAUCUGACCAAAGAGAAGUUUUCGCUGUAA